CGACUGAAGAGACCCGAGACCGUACUCAAAACAGAGUCCAUUUCUACACUUUCCCUUCGCCGGGAAGUUUGUUUCUUGCCGGGAAUUAUGGAGUUUCGAAUGGUCGGUUGCGUUGCAGGUACGGUCUGUGCUCUCUGACCGUAUCUGGUUUCCCCAAGCGAAAGCGACUUUACUUGCCUGAGUUUCGAAGUUAUUCCAUAUUGUGUUUACAAGAUUAGGAAAACACUUCAUUAUAAUUAUUAGGGAUUAGGUUUCUGAGUUUUAGCUAUCUCAAAUUUAUCUUCAGUAUAUUUAAUAUGAGAUGCGCUUCAGAGAUGUCGAUGAAGAUUCUAAUCGAACUGUAGGUUAUCGAGUUCACAUUUUUCAUUUUGCUAGCGUAACACUGUUUUGCUUGUUCUAUACACACACUUGUCCGUUUUCUAAUCCUGAAUUAACCGAAGGAAUUAAUGAAUACGAGCUUUCAAUUUUGGAAAAUGAUGGAUAUAACAGUCGUUGAGAUCUGAUUAUCUGGAGAGGUACUGAAAUUCGUUCGAGAGAGCUUACAUUUCAAAUGAAGAUCCAGCCAAUCGAGUUUGAUACAGCCGAAGAAGCAGCUCGGUUUGAGCUUGUGAAGCCGGUCGUGAAGUCGAAAUUGAAGCGACUAUUUGAGAGACAGUUCUCGAACGUACUGAGAAAUUCGGCAGAGAAGGCUAACUUUGAAGAAUCGAAUGUUAACAAGGACAGCUCCGACGGCGUCUCUUCUGAGUUGGAGCCUAGCUCUCUAUGCUUGGCGAAUAUGGUUCAGAAUUUCAUAGAGGACAACAAUGAGAAGCAUUUUAGCGCGUCUCGGUGUGGCCGCAGUCGCUGCAACUGCUUCAAUGGAAACUACACGGACAGCUCCGAAGAGGAAUUGGAUCCACAUAGUGGUUUUGGCGAUUCCAAUUUUUCCUCUGGUGGUGAGGCAUGGGAACUUCUGAAGAGCUUAAUCCCCUGUACGAAUGUUCAUGAGAGGAAUUUAUUAGCGGAAACAGCCAGAAUCGUAGAGAAGAACAAGGUGUGCAAGCGUAAAGACAACUUAGCAAGGCAGGUUGUUACUAAUGGAUUGUUGGCCCUUGGAUACGAUGCUUCCAUCUGCAAAUCUCACUGGGAAAAGUCCCCCACACAUCCGGCCGGGGAUUACGAAUAUACUGACGUGAUUAUUGACGGAGAACGCUUAUUGAUAGACAUCGACUUUCGAUCAGAAUUUGAAAUUGCGCGGUCAACCAAAAGCUACAAAGCGAUCCUCCAACUCAUUCCUUAUAUCUUCGUCGGCAACCCUUGUCGGCUUCAGAGGAUCGUAUCGAUCAUAUCAGAGGCUGCAAAACAGAGCUUAAAAAAGAAGGGGAUGCCUGUUCCGCCAUGGAGAAAAGCCGAGUAUGUAAAGGCGAAGUGGCUCUCUCCUCAUAUUCGUGCGUCAUCUUUGUCGAGUUUGGGUCCAGAUCCUGAGUCAAAGCAUACUCUUGGAAACAUCCAAAUCGAUCUCCGUCCCGGCGCUGAGAAAUCGGUGGAUCCUAACGAGUUGGGAGGGGUUGAGACGGCUGCCGUUGUAAAAGAAUGGAAACCUCCGGAGCUUAAGCCAAAAAGCCCAUCGAUUGGGGCUAGAAAUCUUAAGAUUGUAACUGGGUUGGCAUCGGUUAUUGAGGACUAGCCAUGAAAUUUUGGUUUUGUUUCUUUUUAUCCUUUUUGGGUUUUUAACUUCCGUAAAAACAAAUAGUUUAUACGCAACCUAUCAUGGUGUUAACCUUCAAAUCCCCUUCUGGUUUUUGUGUAAGGGUUUGGGUUUUGGAUAUUACUGGUAUCAAUAAAAUUUGAAAGAUAAAUAGUUAAGAACUAUUAAGUUUGUGAA